GAGAACGGCGUGGAGUUCGAAGCCUGUCUGGUGGCCCAGUGUGACGCCCUCAUCGACGCCCUGAACCGKCGCAAGGCCCAGCUGCUGACCCGCGUCAACAAGGAGCAUGAGCACAAGCUGAAGAUCUCAGACGCCCUGAUCAGGAGGGUGCACAUGACGGAGGGUCAGUGGGGGAAGGGAACCCUGACCCCCAGGAUGACCAGUGACUUUGACCUGACCCUGGACAGCGGACCCCUGUUACAGACCAUCCACCAACUGGACUUCGUACAGAUGAAAGUCCCAGUAGCCCCCAUGCUCCAGCUGGAGGAGUGCUGCACCAUCAACAACAGCGCCACGUUGUCAUGGAAACAGCCACCUCUCUCCACCAUCGCCGUGGAUGGAUACAUCCUGGAGCUGGACGACGGCAACGGGGGACAGUACAGGGAAGUGUACGUGGGGACGGAGACGAUCUGCACGGUGGACGGACUCCACUACAACAGCACCUACAUGUCAAGGGUCAAAGCCUUCAACGCCAGCGGAGUCGGACAGUACAGCAAGAUACUGGCCAUGCAGACCUCCGAGAUUGCCUGGUUCACCUUUGARCCCGCGUCAGCCCACCCUGACAUCAUCCUCUCCAACGACAACCUGACGGUGACGUGCAACAGCUACGACGACAGGGUGGUCAUGGGUAACUCCGGCUUCUCCCGCGGUGUGCACUACUGGGAGAUCACGGUGGAUCGCUAUGACAACCACCCGGACCCUGCGUUUGGGGUUGCCCGCGGCGACGUGCUGAAGGACGUGAUGCUGGGGAAAGACGAUAGGGCCUGGGCCAUGUAUGUGGACAACAACCGCUCCUGGUUCAUGCACAACAACUCACACACCAACAGGACGGACGGGGGCGUAAGUAAAGGGGCUACAGUAGGAGUGUUGUUAGACUUCACCAGAGGGAUCCUCAUCUUCCUCAUCAACGACGAACAGCAGGGUCCUGUGGCCUUCGAAGGCAUCGAGGGGCUCUACUACCCUGCUAUCAGCCUCAACCGAAACGUACAGGUGACCCUGCACACCGGCCUGCCCAUUCCUGACUUCUACACUCCAGGAGAAGCAGACCUGUCUGCCUCAGUGUGUUAAGGAGUUGACUCAGCACUGCAGUGAAGCAAGACAAGACAAGGGCUACGUCCCAAAUGGCACACUAUAGCGCACCCUAUUCCCUUCAUAGUACACAGGGCUCAUAGAGCUCUGGUCAAACGUAGUGCACUAUAUAGGGAAUAGGGUGCCAUUUGGGACUGAGAGAAUGGCAACAAGCUGCUCACCGUCUGGGCUCUCUAAGUGUGGACCCCAAAUGGCACCCUAUACCCUAUUUAGUGCACUACUCUUAGCCAAAGUCAUGCUAAAAUUAGUCUGCUAUAUAAGGAAUAGGGUUCCAUUUAGGGCUCGUUCAACUCACAGCCAUGUGCACAACACCACGUCCCUAUUCCCUAGCUUCUAUAGACCAACCAGGCCCAUUGUCAUACGUCAGAUAGUGUAACCUUCGCCUGUUGAUCGCAGGACUAGCGUUGGGUUGGAGUGGCGUCAGGCACAAUGCUCCUGAUCUCUACAGACCACUGGACGGUCCGGACCCAUAGCCUUGACUGUACAGUACAAGAUCCUCUCAAUACUCAUACAGUUACUGUACAUACCUACUGAGCCAUCAACACCCACCUCUCAACUGGAAAUGGAGCUCUGAUUUGGCUUACUGCCCUGUCUUAACAUGUCAAUUAUUAGGAUUGGGUUGAAAAGUGAACUAGAUUCAUCCAUCCAACCAAUCCAAGAAGACUACUUACUACUCAUCACCAGACUCUAGAACCCCUCUGGACUCUAGAACCCUGCCCUGUUAGUUCUGGUUCUAGAUCUCUGAAGAAGACAACAUAAUAUGUCAUCAUAGAACCUUUAACUUGAGACUUUCUCUGUCUCUCUGUCUCUCUGUCUCUCUGUGUCUCUCUGUGUCUCUCUGUG